CAGCGCCCCACACGCAUGCUCAGUGGCGAGUCAAUGGAAGGAGCCCUCAGAUGACGGAUGCAAACGUCUGGGCAUGACAGCCGAUGUCACGGAGAGUGACAGCUUUCGCUCUCUGCUGCCGCACCUCGACUAGCCCCGAGUGACGCCCGCCAAAGAAGUGACACGGAGCCAGUCAGAACUAUGCCAGAGAUGGAGAAAGGGAGACCGCCGGAAAAUAAACGUAGUAGGAAACCUGCGCACCCCGUCAAGAGGGAGAUCAAUCAAGAGAUGAAGGUGAGGGAAAAUGUGUGUUUUGGCUACUCUUCUUUUACUGGUGUUCCGAUUGUGAAUUCUUUCAAGGGCAGUUUGGGACUAUUGAGACAGUGGGGGGAGAGCGCCGUGCGUACAAAUCACAGUUGUAGAGGCACCGAAGCGACCCAAACUUUGAUUUGUUUCAUUGAAAUGAUUAGCGCACCUCCCUUUAAAGUUGUUAAUAAUCUAAUGCCGUUAUAUUAUUGAAUACUGACGAAAUAAAAGUGAUAAAACAAUUGUGUAACAUUAGUCCCAUAUUGGUGAAAUAAGAGCUACAGCUAUAUUAGAUUACCUGUCCUUGCCAUAAUAAACCAACUGUCGGGAAAUAUACUUUUCCGGGAGGAUAGAAAAGUGUGUGUUUAAUUAAAGUGUCAAUCUUAUGUUAUCCAAUAGGCUAUUUGAUAUCGUGUCCACUGAAUGGUAGCCCUUCUUUAGUGACGCCAUGUCAGUCCAGCAGUGGCCGCGCGCAGCAAUGUCCAGUGGUGUUCCAGAUGUGCGUCACCACCAGACGGCAAGAACACAUAACUUCUUUCCCGCUUCGGCUGCGCGCGCACUUGUUAUAGUAGGAUAGUCUAUUACAAUAUAACUUAUUUUUUUAAGGCAUUCGAAAGAACAUAUUGAGUCACACUGGUCACUUGAGACUAUCAGCUUAGGGCAUUUGAGACAUGUGAGUAAAAGGUAAGAAAUAUCAAUGAGCUCCCCCUCAAUAGGACAGAAAACCCCUAAAGGAGUUUGGGUUUUUAUUCUGGUCUUUUCGUGAGAGAAGAAAUUUGCUAUUUUUGCAUAAGUGGUUUGGAUUGUAGCUUUGAUAUGCAGGGAGGGGUGUAGAAUUACAACUUAACUAAUUUUAAUCAAAACAUGCGAAAUGCUAUCGGUGCUUGAUGUAAGUCAACCUGGCCUGGAUCUGGGCUGGAUCUGGGGGUCGGCCCUGGGUUGUUGCCUUUGGCUGGGGCUCUCUCUGUGGUUUGGGAUAUGGCUUGUCACUCUCACAAAGCAGAUGUUUGUCUGAACUGCCAAGAAGAAACAAAAACAACAUUGUGGGAAGCAAAGCAUGGGGAGGGGAAAGAAAAAACGCCUGUCUCUGCCUAAUGAGAAAAUAGUGAGACAAAAUGACACAUAAAUGUAAUAUAGGAGGACUUGCCCUGAUGUAAUCAUUGAUGUAGACUGGGCUAGUCCCAUGGCAGGCAGCACACACAGACUACUACUUUGUGAUUCUCAGACAUGUACUGGAUCUACAAUAUAGGCCUUGGGUUACGUGUGGUAAUGAACUGGGGCUGUUGGGCUUGAAGGCCAGUGGUAUAAGGGUCGGGUUAUGAAAUAGAGAAGGGGAAAGACAGACAGACAGACAGACAGACAGACAGACAGACAGACAGACAGACAGACAGACAGACAGACAGACAGACAGACAGACAGACAGACAGACAGACAGACAGACAGACAGACAGACGGACGGACGGAUGGACAGAAAGUCAUUCAGUUAGAAAGUCAGUCAGUCAGACAGACAGACAGACAGACAGACAGACAGAAAGUCAGACAGAGAACCAGAGUGACCGACAUACUUAGAGACAGACAGACACAGUGGUUUCUGGGGCUGUCUGUCUGCGGGCUGCUCCAGUCCGGUCCAGUGUUGUGUCAGCUAAAGGAUCUAUUUCAACACCACAGUCGGACCCACUCCCUCCACGUCAGACUGUAGCACAGCACGGACACCAGAUACUUGACUUGAAUCAUCGUUAGGCAUAUUUAGCUGGAUUUGAUACCUCUGUGUGCACACACGUGCUCACACACAUACUUGAACGCAGACACACCACACACAGACAGACAGACACACAUACACACAGAGCUCAAUUUCUUUGAGGCCCUGGUGCGGAGCAGAGGUCAGUCAGUGUGAGGAUAGCAGGGGGAAAUAAUGUGUAGUCAGUACUACAGCCCUAGUACAACACUACCACAGGCAGGCUGUCCGUGCUGGAAAAGGCUGAAACCCGAGAGGGAGUGCAGUGUCGGUUAUCAGGACUGGAAGGUGCCGGGCGGAGGGGGCCAGGGAGAGGCAGAGAGAGGAGAGGGCAGGGGAGGGGAGUGAGGGGACACACAGAGAGGGACUGGAGAGUGCUGGAUGCUCGGGAGAGUUGAUGGGAGAGGAGCGGGUCAUUUCCGAGAACCGUGGGACCUAGCGGCGGUGUAGGAUGUCCCGCUCGGAUUUCUGCCCAUUCCAGAUCGGAUUUCUGCUCCAAUCCCUGCUCGCUCCCAAAGCCACAGAGGCGGAGAGGUGGGCGGAUGAAGAGAGAGAGCGAGACUGAGAGAGAGACCUUUGUGUUGUUUUUUAAAAACCUGGUCGUAGUAAUAAAAAAGAAGCCAGGACAUUCACUUCUCAACCCAUCUGCUAAGAACACAUUUUUAAUUUUUCUCCGUCUCUCUUUUUUCCCUCAAUUAAAAGAGAUAAACAAACAAUGAUUCAUAGAUUUCACAAUAGUAUUAGGUUGAAAAACUUUUCCGUCUCCGAUUUAGCAAGAGUAAACAAACUGGAAUACAUAAUGGAAAAAGAGUCAUACUGUACGCCUCUGUGUUCCCCUCUUCAUUUAAUCCAGGCAGGGCUGGUCUGGAAGUCAAAGGAAUCCAGCACAUUCAUUCGGGAGUGGAAGCUCUGGUUACAUUUAAAGAGUGGGAUAAAAAAGUUCCACUCACAAACCUCUGAUGUAAUGUCACUCACAACUGAAGUUCACAUUGGCUUAGCAUUAGCAUGCAGGGUUUUGGUUGUCCUGUCUCCCGCCAUGUCCCCUGACUGACAUAACCUAUAAUGUUGCUCAGUGAUUUAUUUUUUCUUUCUCCCUGUAGACGUUUGCAGAGAGCACCAUGAAUGAGCUCCUAGGCUGGUACGGCUAUGACAAGGUGGAGCUCAGGGACACCGAGGCCACCGAGAUCCGGAACUACCCCAACCGAGAGAGACGCCAGCAGCAUGUCUCCGUCCUUAAAGGUGAGAAAAGGCGAGGAUCCUGUUCAGUAGGGCACAUCGUAGCAAAACGUUUCGCAACGGAGAGUGGAAAUCUGUGUUUUAAUUGAACAAGUUCAGGUAGUGCCUUACCGUUUCAAAAUGAUUUCUGCCUACUGAACACAACCCAAGGUCAUUAGUUCAGGUAGUAUCUCCCCGUUUCACUCCCUUUCAAAACUUUUCUGCCAACUGAACAGGGCCCAGGUAUCUGUACAACACAGGUAACAUAGUUAACAGAGGUCAGACAUAAUUCAGGGAUAACCCAAUAACAGAGCAUACAGGUUGUUCAAUCCAGACAUAGUAUCACUUUAAACAUUUGCUAGACAUACUUGCAGCUUAAUUCACCCUUCUUAUGUUUCACUUCUUAUCACCACAGUAAACCUGUAUGGCUGGAUUUUUCUCUUUCAAAAAUGUUCAGUGCCAUUGUUUUGUCAACGUCCUUUGGGCUGCAUAUAAAUAAUUUGUGUAUUUAGAGUGAUAUAAGUGCCACCAAAACUUUCAAAUGAUUGAAUGCAGAUGACAUUUAUUUUAUAUCACUCCAUACCUAUGUUAGAACAUAAAUUGACUCUAAAGUGACCAUACAUAUCCUCUGCCUUCCAGAAAACUCAGUGCCGAAGCCCAAGAGCUUGAACAGUAAAGUCAGCCCCUCUGCACUGGCCAUGAAGAGUGGAGAGAGAGAAUCAUCCACUUUCUCUUCCUCUCCCAGCUCCUCCUCUUUGACCAGCCCUAAGGAGCACAAGAGUGCUCCCGUAAUUGUCCCCCUUAUAAAGCCAUCUGCAGGUAGGGCAAACAUCACACAUGCACACACACACGCAAGCACUUUGUGUGACCAACUGGGUUAGAACCCGGGUCUCCUGCACGUCACAAAAGUGUGUUAGCCUGCCGAGGUAAAGCCUAGUCUUCAGGUCACAGGCAAGGUUCCUCAUCACACAGGCGUGGUUCACCAAACCACGUCUGUUACAUUCACACCCCAUCAUCAUUAUCAUCAUCCCAUCGUCAUCUUCAUCAUCAUCAUCAUCAUCAUCAUCAUCACUACCACAUGUAGCCUACAGUUAUUUUAUACAGCUGUUGAUUAAACACUCACAUGCUCCUAACAUGCUCAUCUUCUUCAUCAUCAUCAUCAUCAUCAUCAAUUACACUUCACAUGUUGAUGUUGAUGCCUCUCUCCUUUGUCUCUGUCCGCAGUGGAAGACGUGCAGAAUGUGCAGAUAGUGUGUGUGUGGUGUCAGAAGGAGGGGGUGAAGCGCUACUCCCUCUGUAUGGGCACCGAGCUGAAGAGCUUCUGUAGUGAGAAGUGCUUCGCCGCCUGCCGACGGGCCUACUUCAAACGCAACAAGGUGAGGGAUUCAACCUUGAUUCAACUAGGAGUCAAUGGACAAUUUUAGGUCUGACAAAACUGCUGCAGUUUAGAUGGAAAUAGAAAUGAGCAUGCACACACAGACACAGACACACACACACUUUAAUGGUGAGAAGAGAUUUCUGGCAGGUAAACAAACCCUCGAAAAUGGAAUACCCCUGUUUUCCUCAGUGAGGUCAUCAUACCGUCGUAUUGAUAAAAAAAUGGUUAAUAUAUGAAUGUUGUCUGAUGUUAGCAAGUUAUUGAUUUCAUGAACCUUAUUUCUAAGGCUACAUAUAUUAAUAUGUAGCCCUGUCCUGGGUAGCUUGUGUGUGGGUGCAUGCAUGUGUGAGGGGGUGUUCUCCAAGCACACAAACACACACAACAUACACACAAGCUACCCAGGAAAGGGCUGAAAAUAGCCCAUAUUAAUAUAUGUAGCCUUAGAAAUAAUGUUCAUGAAAUCAAUAACUUGCUAACAUCAGAUAACAUUAAUAUGUUAACCAUUUCUGAGAGUCACUUGGAAAAUUCAUUUGAUGAUACAGCAAUAGCAAUACAAAGAUAUAACAUCUACAGUAUAGAAGAGACAGAAAUGCUUAUGAUGGAGGUGUUGCUUUAUAUAUUCAGAGCCAUAUCACUGUAAUGCUUAGAGAAUAUAUUUUGUCAAGUGUUAUUGAAGUGUUGUGGUUGCAGGUUCACUUGGCACAUCUAAAGCCUUUUCUGUUGCUAUAGGCCACCAAGUGCUUACACUCAGUAUCUAAAUAAUAUGUGUGAAAUGCUUGAUAGUAUAUGUGAUGUAAACAGAGAGGUCUACUUUCUUGGGGACCUGAAUAUUGACUUGUUUUCAUUAAGCGGUCCACUCAAGAGGAAGCGUCUCACUGUAACCAGUGCCUGUAAUCUGGUUCAGGUUAUUAAUCAAGCUGCCAGGGUGUUUACAAACACUACAGGAACAAGAUCAUCCACAUGUAUCGAUCACAUUUUUACUAAUACUAUAGAACUUUGUUCUAAAGCUGUAUUCGUACCCAUUGGAUGCAGUGAUCACAAUAUAGUGGCUAUAUCCAGGAAAGCCAAAGUAUCAGAGAUCAUACAAAAGAUAAUGCUGUGACUCUUAUGUGGAUGAUGUUAAAAAUAUUUGUUAGUCUGAUGUGAUUAAUAAUGUCACAAAAGGAGUGGCUAAUAAGUCUGGCUGCACAUCUGACUGGCUGACUUACUGCAAAUUGAGAAAUUAUGUGACUAAACUCAACAAAAAGAAGAAGAAACUGUAUUAAGAAGCCAAGAUCAGUAAUAUAAAGAAUGAUGGAAAAAAACGUUGGAGUACUUUAUAUGAAAUUAUGGGCAGAAAGACAAAUUCAACUCCAUCUUUCAUCAAAUCUGAUGGCUUAUUCAUCACAAAACCAUUUGAUGUUGCAUAUUAUAUGAAUGAUUACUUCAUUGGCAAAGUGGGCAAACUUAGGCAGGAAAUGCUAACAACGAACAGUGAGCCAUUGUACUCAUGCAUAAAAAAAUAAAAAUAAUCAAAGAAAAUCUUUGGAAGUUUGAAUUUUGUAAAGUUAGUGUGAGAGAGGUGGAGAAAUUAUUGUUAUUGUUCAAUAAUGACAAACCUCCUGGCAUUGACAACUUAGAUGGAAAGCUACUGAGGAUGGUAGCUGACUCUAUAGCUACUCCUAUCUGUCUUAUCUUUAAUCUGAGCCUAGAGGAAUAUCUUUGUCCUCAGGCUUGGGGGGAAGCCAAAGUCAUUCCGCUACCCUAGAGUGGUAAAGCCUUAGAGUAGUAAAGAUUGUGGGAGCUGUACUGUUAGAUUUCAGUGCUGCCUUUGAUAUUAUUGACCAUAACCUGUUAUUGAGAAAACGUAUGUGUUAUGGCUUUUCAACCUCUGCCGUAUCGUGGAUUCAGAGUUAUCUGUCUAAUAGAACUCAGAGGGUUUUCUUUAAUGGAAGCUUCUCCAAUGUCAAACAUGUAAAGUGUGGUGUACCGCAGAGCAGCUCUCUAGGCUCUCUACUCUUUUCUAUUUUUACCAAUGACCUGCCACUGGCAUUAAACAAAGCAUGUGUGUCCAUGUAUGCUGAUGAUUCAAUCAUAUACUCAUCAGCAACCACAGCUAAUGAAGUCACUGAACCCCUUAACAAAGAAUUGCAGUCUGUUUUGGAAUGGGUGGUAAACUGGUGCUGAACAUCUCUAAACUAAGAGCAUAGUAUUUGGUACAAAUCAUUCCCUAAGUUCUAGACCUCAACUGAAUCUGGCAAUGAAUGGUGUGGCUGUUGAACAAGUUGAGGAGACUAAAUUACUUGGUGUUACCUUAGAUUGUAAACUGUCAUGGUCAAAACAUAUAGAUUAAAUGAUUGUGAAGAUGGGGAGAGGACUGUCCGUAAUAAAAUAAAUGCUCUGCUUUUUUGACACCACACUCCAAAAAGCAAGUCCUGCAGGCUCUAGUUUUGUCUUAUCUUGGUUAUUGUCCAGUCGUGUGGUCGAGUGCUGCAAAGUAAGACCUAGUUAAGCUGAGCAACACGUCUUGCUCUUCGUUGAAAUCAGAGGGCUAAUAUAAAUACUAUAGCUCUGACACACACACUUACCCCCACCAGACAUGCCACCAGGGAUCUUUUCAGUCCCCAAAUCCAGAACAAAUUCAAGAAAGCGUACAGUAUUAUAUAGAGCCAUUAUUGCAUGGAACUCCGUCCCAUCUCAUAUUGCUCAAAUGAACAGAAAACCUGGUUUAAAAAAACUGAUGAAGCAACACCUCACGGCACAACGCCUCUCCCCUAUUUGACCUAUAUAGUUUGUGUGUAUGUAUUGAUAUGUAGGCUACGUGUGUUUUUUUUAAAAAUUGAUGUAGUCUGUCCCUGAGCUGUUCUUGUCUAUUAAUGUUCUGUAUUAUGUCAUGUUUCAUGUUUUGUGUGGACCCCCAGGAAGAGUAGCUGUUGCUUUCGCAACAGCUAAUGGGGAUCCUAAUAGAGUACAAAAAAAAAUACACACAUACACAAACACACACACAUGCUGGGUUCUAAUAGACAGGCCAGUGUUUGGAGGGUGGGAAGGGGUCAAAGUUCGCAGAGGACACUUAGGGCUCUAUUCAAUCUGUAUCGCUGAAACAUUACAGAUUGGGUGAAAGAAAUAUAAAGGUCAUUUUCGUAUGCAGCAUUUACCGGGAAUGCAGUCUAGGCUAACGCGGGAACAUAUCCUUUAAAUUUCAAUCACGCUGUAACGCUGAACUUGUGCGAUACGGAUUCAAUAAAGCCCUUAGUAUCAGUUUCGCCUUAAUGGAGAAAGGGCCUGUCAUCACGCGGCUUGGGUAGGGAGGACAGGGAAGCAGUGCCCAUGCACAAAUCCUCUCCCAUACACAUUACCACCAUUUUUCACCCUCCAUCCAAGACAUGGAUAUCCCCUCUUAGAGGCGCGGGGGUGUCAGGCAAGGCUAUCCCUAUUCAACAUUUCUGUUGUUAAUGUGGCGCUAGGUUUUAUUCAUACAACAACAGACAGGGGGGAAAGAGGGAGUUGUCUGCUGCCUACCCUCUAUGUUUUUGGGUGGUGGAGGUGGGGAUGGAACCGUGGCCAUUGGCUUGUCCCUGCUUGUCUCACUAAGGAAGAAGGGCAGGGGCCCUGGGGGCAAGGUGUCCACUUUCAGCGCAUACCUUACCUGCAGCUGCCUCAUGUUUCGUAACUCAACACAACUUAGUGGGUCACAGAGAAGGGGCGUGCUCACCGCUCGCAGAUCCACACAGGAUCAGCUUACAUGAAUCGGGAGGAAUUUCCUAUAUUAAUACAGCCGGACCAUUGACAAUAAUAGAAGGGUUUGUCAUCUAUUUUAUCUUACCAAGACUUUCCAAAACAUUCCCUUUGUUUCAGUGACCUCAAAGCCCACAGGUCAGUGUACUCUGUUACUUUGAACCCCUAUGACGAGGCGAAUCGUGCAGUGGUUAUUUUGGGAUUGGUUAUGUAAGUUUGCUUUAAUGACCAAGAGAGCCAUCCAUGAUGACUUAAAGCAAAUGUUACCUCAUCAACGCUUGGUGCUUAAAUCCCAUAGUGGUUCAACUGAAUCCAGGCUGUACUCUGAAAAAGCUUUAACUCAAUCCUGGGACGUGUUCAUUAGGGCACACAAUGUCUUAAAACAUUUUGCAACGGAGAUUUAAAAAAAAAGUUUCUUAUUGGACAAAUCCAGGUAGUCCCUCCCUGUUUCAGUCCGUUUUUGGUUUGUUUGGUGCCUAAUGAACAUGACCGUUUGAUCGUUUGUUAUAAGUGUAUAAUGAUGUGGCUUUGACCACGUCCGUCAGGCCCGGGAUGAGGAUCUCAAUGGAAGUGAGCGAUCCCCCCAACACACCCAUGCUGACGACUCACCCCGACUGGUGCUGAAGAUGAACAGCGGUGGGGCCAGAGUAAGAACAGAACAUAAUCCACUUAAUGGAAAUACUAAAGUUACUCAAAUAUUUUUGCUCAAAGACUAGCAAUGCAGUCAUGCAUGUUGUACAGCUACUUCAAAACAUUAAGGGGCAGUUUCCAGGACACAGAUUAAUUCUUUUUAGUCUAGGAGUAGGCUUAAUCUGGGAAUGACUGGGAAACUGCCCCUUAAAUUGAUAGUUCAGCUAUUUUCCAUAUAUAGAUAUUUGUUUCCUUAAAGUAGGCUAUGGACAAGGAGAUGCUGCAAUCCACAUUAGCAUUUUGUGACCAAUUCCCCAUGCAAAUUAAUCUCCCCUGUUUAGAAUGUAUUACGUUUAAUGCCCAAAGCAUAAAAAAAUAACACAAUUAAUUUAAUAUGAUUUGGCCAUGAAAUGUAACACCUGCUAAAUCGGGAAGAUUGCCUUACGUGGGGAAUUCAUCCCAAAUGUUGAAGUCACUCAUUGUCCAUUAUAAAACUGCUCUAUUCAAAUAAUGUUAUACAUUCCACAUUCAAAUCAUUGGUUUUCCCUUUUCACGUGGCACUAUAGUAAUUCUCCACAGUCCCUCUCGCCCGUACCGCAGGUGUGCAACUGGUGCAAACACGUCCGCCACACCAAAGAGUACCUGGACUUUGGCGCAGGUGCGGAGCGGCUCCAGUUCUGCAGCACCAAGUGCUUGAACCAGUACAAGAUGGACGUGUUCUACAGAGAGGCCAGGGCGGCUCUCACCAGCUCCAGCCCAGGCCCAGGAAGACCCACCCAGGAUGGGAGAACUGAGUCCAUCGGAGGGGGUCAGAACCAGAAACUCCUGACCCCCGAAUCGUGGAACAACGGCGCAGGGGUCAUGCGGGGGAGUACCAGAUCACCCAAAGGGCCCAUGCCGAUCUACAGCACAGCGGCGUCAAGGACUGUGUCUCCAUCUGAGGCAUCGUCCUUGUCCUCCAAGGUCCCCGUCUCGGGGCUGAGACACCUGGAGAGGCAUGUCCUGCCACCGCUGCCAACCCCGGAGGUGGCAAGCCACCACCCCAUCCCCCAUCCUCCUCCUCGCCCCCCCAUGGAGCACCACCAGCACCACCAGGCAAUGCCUCAGAUCCCGCUGCCUUUCAACCAGCCCCCCCUCCAUGCCCAGGGCCUGACGAGCCCCCUCGCCAACCCCCACAGGGGCCACCCUGGCCCCCCUUCCAGCCCCAUCCACCGGUCCACCCCUCACUCCCCCCACCACCCCCCCCCACCUCCAGCCCCCCUCAGCCUCCUCCAUGAACCCACCAAGAAUGCACCCCUACCCGGGGGCCUACUUCCCCGGCCUGCACUCCCCCCCUAUGAUGGGGCCUCGUGGCCCUGUGCCCAUGCCGCAUAUGAUGAACUUCGGGAGAUGGCCGUCCCUAGGCCCCUUCUUCCCUCAGCCCACGGUUCUGGUGCCCUACCCCAUUAUUGUACCCAUCCCUAUCCCCAUCCCCAUCCCUAUCCCCAUACCAAUACCCACUAAGCCUUCCCCCUCAGACCCCCUAGGGAUCCCCCCUAGUGGGGUUAUCCAGCCCGUGCCAGAGGGAAUGGAGAGGGGGUGCUCCAGUGGUGUCAAACUGCCCUCUCCCAGGAGCUCUGUGCCAAACAGAUUAGGUAGAACCACCAACCAGGGUCUCCCCUUGCCCUCAGAACACCCCAAAAGGGAUAUCACAGAUUGGGUUAAAUCAGAGAGGCAGGCUCCGUCGCCCAUGUCGUCCCCCCACAGUGCAGCAUCCUCCCCCAGGGCAUUCUACGAUGCUUCCCCCUCUUCCACCUCAGUGAUUGAGGCACUGUCAGACUUUAAGCUGGGCCAGCAGCAGCAGCAGCCAGAGAGAGAGCUCAUUCAGAGAGUGCUUCAGAGGACCCCAGUCAAGCUGGAGCCCAACCCCCACGGAAUGGUGGACCUGUCGGGUCCGUGGGAGCCCGGAGCGGGGCAAAGCACCAGGGUAGUGGAUACCAGAGUGGACCACCGCAACCACCACCAUAGCAUUAUCAAACCCACCCCUCCACCACCCCAGUCCCCCCCUCCCCCGCACGACACUUCCUACCCCCAAAGCCCAAACACACGACACCCCUCGCACACUCCACCAGCGACCAGAGGGGGAUGCAGCAGCCCUCCCUGUGAGACCGCCACCUCCUUCCCCCUGACGUCCCCGGACAUCCCUAACCGAACGACUACGUCAUCAUCGCACGACCCUGUUCCCAGCCCAGACUCCUCCCAGUCCCAGAGAGAGGCCCUGCUCCUUGGCCCUGACUCUGUCCUCAGCGAGCUGGUGGCGGUCAAAGAGAACAGCUACUCCAAUGGCCAGGUUCAGGGGAGGGACCAGGGCCAGGUCCCUCCCCUCCCCACUAGCCAAUCAGAGGAGCCCUCGGCCGGUGGCGACCCUAAGGACCCCCACAUCUCCGAUGAGGACCAUGCCUACGCCCUGCCCACCCCCACCCCUACACCCACCAGGACGGGCAGUGUCCCCGCCACCACCCACACCACACUCCUCCUGCCCAAGCUCAGGGACAAGGGCGCCCUGCGGAGCCCACCGAGUGUGGCUGGGCCUGGGGACAUGGAGCCUGCUCUGAAGAGACGGUGCCUCCGCAUCCGAGAUCAGAACAAGUAG